UCAAUGCCGUUUGACGACUACGUGGAAGCUGUGAUGGUAGAAGUAAAGAGCAACGUGGGAGUAGAUGGUCUGUGGAUCUAUGAAAUAAAUCAAGGAACUGAAGGACCAUUUGUCAGGUUGCCCUACAAAGUCGUCAAGUUGUGCGGGGGAGCCUACGCCAAGCCCUCAUUUGCCCCCAUGGACAAAUAUGAUAAGUUCAGUUUCAAGUUUCAGUUUUUUCAUCUCGAGUGCACAGGCAUCCUUGAUUAUUCGUCCAGCUUUGCUUCUGAAUUGGUAGUGAAAUUGAUUGGAAGUUCAUUCAACAAAACGAUUCCAGAUUCAGACAUUGAUUAUCAGAGAGGGGACGCUAGAUUGGAAGUAGAGCUUCCCGAUUUUUGGGGUGCGGAGGAGGUUGUGGGCAUGGUUUUGAGCGUGGAUGGAUGGGAGCAGAAGAUUGACGCUACUCUCUCCUUCACUCCAGUGGACAUAGAUGGACAGUUGAACAUCACACCCACGGCUUCAGACAGUGUCCAGGUGUCGUGGCCUCUUGCAACCAUAAACGAGACCACUCCUAUCCUGAUCACAGAGUACACAUAUAACGGAACUGGCCAGGGCUACGAGGAGGUGUUCGAGGAAGAGAUUGACUUGGAGAGUGGCAACACCACUAUCCACUACACUUUCGGCAGCAACCACCUCGUCCGCUUCCAACUCAAGUCGUACCAAGGUACUUUCGUAAGUAUUCUCGCCAAGAAAGGAACUACAGACUGUGUGGACUGGCUUCACGAUCAGCUGGAUAAGGAUCUAUCUGAAUGCUCCGCGGAAUUGGAGGAGAAUUUUGCAUGCCCCGCGAACUCUGGAUCCCCGUAUCCAAUCAGAAACGACGCUUUCUGGGCGCAUGAGGAAGUAGCGAGAGGCCCCCAUGGGUGGUACUACGACCCCUGUUGCAACAAGGAAAACACAUCCGUGUCGCAAUCCUCCCAUGUCCUGUCAAUGUGCGAUGAAAAAGCAUGUGAUUACAACCCAGCAGCUUUGUUCUGCAUUCGAUCACCGGCUGUAGAGUGUUACGACAACCGUACCAGAAACACCCUCCACGUGUCCAACCAGUGUUGCUAUGACCCGGAUGGAACUCUGAUGACCGACCCGCAUCAGGGAGCUGGGCGAAUGAGUCUGAACGAAGCAACAGCGGCUAAUAUGCACCAUUUCUACAGGAAUGAGCUGGAACCAUACGAGGUGUGCUGCGCAGACACUAUGCGCUGUCCUCUGUUCCACUCCAACAGGCCUACAACGAUUGGAGACUACUCUGGAAGUUUGACGGUGCCUAUCAAAUUUGGAGGCCACUUCACGACUGCUGAAGGUUUGGAAUUCAAAUUGCUGGGAUUAGGAGUGUUCACAUUGCUUGAGACCCCCGACAUGGAACAACCGACCAUGAUCCAACUCAGCACCCGGGCUAUCGGACACCUAACUGUGGUAUCCGGAUUGGCUAUUCAAUACGCUAACCACAAAAUAGAGAUCAUGCGACCAUCUCUCGUACCGGAAGGCAAAGGAAACAGAAUCCGUAACUUCAUCUACAUCAACGAUGACUAUUAUAUGUUGCUCACUGACCUUAUGUCAAUGGGACCUGAUGACCCUUUUGACCUCUACUUUAGUGGAAUGACCAUCAAACAGAGAGAAGGCGGUUGUCAUGUGCAAAUUGUGAUUCCAGGCAUCAAUCUCAUUGUUAAUUUACAAGUAAUCCACAACUACUUCAACGUCUUCUUGACUCUUCCCGACUCUUUCCGCGGACACACCAGAGGACUCGUUGGAACAUGGGACGGAAUCGCUUCAAAUGACUUCCUUCCUAAGUCUCCUAGAAUGUCGGAAGCGCCAAUUUCAUCGCUAUCGGACCCCGAGUACAUCUAUGAUUUCUUUGCUGAGUCCUGGAGAGUGAUUGAGCAGGAUGAUUGGCUGUUCGGGACCUUCCUGAGUGGUAUGGUGAAGGCUGACAUGACAGAUGCCCCCAUACAGUUUAACUACACCGAGUCCCAGCAAGUCUACGACAUGUACUCACAGACGUGUGCGGAGGACUGGCAAUGUACUAUGGACGUGCACAGGAGCGGACGCGAGCAGUUUGCCUCCGACUACCAGAGCCUCCGGGACAAGGAGAUCCCGGGAUCCCAGACUGGUCUCCUGAAUGAGUUCAAGAAGGAAAAGUUCAGCGCCAGUCCACGCAUCUGGAUCCCCUUCGUUCCCAUCUUGACAGCUCUGGUCGCUGCCCAGAUGGGAAAACUGUUCCUGUUCAACUGAGACCAGAAGAUAAAAAUAAUGUGAAAUGGUUCAUUAGUUAAAAAAAAAUAAGGGCAAAUCUUAUAGGAGUAACUGAGGAUCUCUUCAACUAUUUCCCUCCCUUUGGUAUCUACUAACGAAUUCUCACCCCUUUCAUGAAAAAAUUCGUCGGUUAAGCAUAGUGAAAUUUGUUCCUAGUAACGAAUCUCCUCACUUGUGCCGAGAGGUGGGAUAGUUGAAGAGACCCGUGAGUGGAUAAUGUAAUCAAGAACUUGUUCAGCAAAUGAAAAAAUUCAAACUAUUCCUGGAAACAAGUCACCGACCUGCCCAACUGAAUUUUAAAUUGCUAACUAUUGAACCAUUUUAAUUGAUUCAAAUUUCAAUUGUUUAUAGACGAAAGCGCCAUCUUGUUUGCAAAUAAUCCUGAGAACAACACAAAACAACUCUGAUGCAAUACUUUUGCAAGAAAAUUUUAAGUGACUUAUUUUUCAAUGUUUUUUUUUAUGUUUCACAAUUAUUUUUCAGUAUGUGGGCGUGAGUUUUUUAGUGUUUCUCAGAAUUGGUUGCAGAUUUUUAUCACUGUUAGCUAGUUGUUAGCUGACAGCUCUUUUCUAUAUCAAAUUGUCUUUUCUGCGGCGGCUACUGUGAUAUUCGGAUGUGUUUCCGUCUGCCAGCGCUCACAGACUGACAACGGCGUCUGAAUAGCAACUGUAGUUUGUUUUGAGGUUUGGAUGAGGUUUCAACUAGCAAAACUAUCAAAAGACCUAAGCAGCUCUCCUUAUUAAAACUAGAAGAGGAAGAUACCAUAUGGGAGUGAUUCUCAUUAGGAGUU